AUGUUCUCCUAUUGUGAUGAUACGGAUUAUCAUGUCUUUGUACAGAUACCUGGUCUUAUAAAUGUGGACUUUGCUGAUGUAAAAGUUGUGAUGAAAGACUCUGGAACUGCAAUGCUUGGAGUAGGUGUUUCCUCUGGUAAAAACCGAGCAGAAGAAGCUGCAGAACAGGCUACUUUGGCACCUUUAAUUGGAUCAUCUAUUCAAUCAGCUACCGGAAUAGUGUAUAAUAUUACCGGAGGAAAAGACAUAACUCUGCAGGAAGUGAAUAGAGUGUCUCAGGUUGUGACAAGUUUAUCUGAUCCUUCUGCAAAUAUUAUAUUUGGAGCUGUUGUUGAUGAUCGCUACAAUGGUGAGAUUCAUGUGACUAUCAUUGCAACUGGCUUCUCACAAUCCUUCCAAAAGAUACUACUGACAGAUCCAAGGGCUGCAAAGCUUCUUGACAGAUUACCAGUGGGAAAAGAAAGCAACCAAGCGUCCCCUACCUUCAAAGGCUCAGACUUUUCCUCAACAGUUGCAUCUAAAGCACCCCCAAGAAAGCUCUUCUUUUAG